AUGGUGAUGAUCUUAACCAAACCUCGGGCAAACAAAGGUGCUGACUCCAUAACAUGCAGGACUGAGCUGCACACUCCAAAGAUGAGUCAAGGACCUACCCUCUUCUCUUGCGGCGUGAUGGAAAAUGACCGAUGGAGAAAUUGCAAGCCACUUCAGCUCGAGCAGCCGGGCGCCAGCAUCUGGGACUGCUUGUCGGACAAGGGCGAGGAGAGCUCGCGCUGGCCGAGGGACACGUCCAGCACCUGCUCCGUCACCAACCUGAUCAAAGAGCUGAGCCUCAGCGACCCCCACGGCAACCCCUCGGCUCCCCCCAGCAAGCGCCAGUGCCGCUCGCUGUCCUUCUCCGACGAGAUGUCCAGCUGUGGCACCGCGUGGAGACCCUUGGGCUCCAAGGUGUGGACGCCGGUGGAGAAGCGCCGGUGUUACAGCGGGGGCAGCGUGCAGCGCUACUCCAACGGCUUCGCCACCAUGCAGAGGAGCUCCAGCUUCAGCCUGCCCUCGCGCUCCAGCCUGCUGUGCGCAGAGCAUCCCGCCCGGGCGGGGGGCCAGCCCAGGACAUCGGGCGCUGGAGGGCACGGGGCAGACCGGGUGGACAUGCAGAGGUCGCUGUCCUGCUCGCACGAUCGCUUCUCUUCCUCGGAGUGUUGCACCCCGGCGUCCACGCCGGAGCUGUGCCGGCGCACCGCGGGGCUGUCCCGGAGCCGCUCCCAGCCCUGUGUCCUCAACGACAAAAAGGUUGGCGUCAAGCGGCGCAGACCGGACGAGGUGCAGGAGCAACGGCCCUCGCUGGACCUGGCCAAGAUGACCCAGGGAAACUGCUGGGAGCAGUUCGUUGGGAAGGGGAGAAAGCAAAGCCAGGAGCUGUGCAAGGAGCAGGAUUUUCAGAGCUGCUGGGUUAUGGAAAGCAGCACUGGCAGGCUGCUCUCUGCGUGGGAGGACUGGCACAGAGGGACGAGCAGGAUGAGGCAAGUCAUG